AGUACCCGCGCAGUAGUCGCGACUGACGCACGCGACUCACUCGCAGCGCCUCUCCGCGCUCUCUCGCGCUUCACAGUAACGUAGCGACGGCGCUCGCGAUGACCCCCGCGGCGGCGAUCGCGCUGCUGCUGCUAGUCGGCGGCGCAUGCGCGCAGGUGCGGUACUUCGGGCUGGAGCUGGGCGCGCUGGCGCCGCUGCAGCACGGCGUGCGCGGCCGCGUGUUCGCCGUGGACGCGCGCACGCUCUACCUCAAGGACUUCCACUACGACGGCGAGGGACCAGCGGCGUACUUCUACGUGGGCACGUCGGCGCAGCCGGGCAGCGGCGCGGGCGCGGUGCGGCUGCGCGACGAGCGCGGCGGCGCGGGCCCGCUGCGCCGGUACACCGGCGAGAGCGUCACGCUGUCGCUGCCCGACGGCAGCACGCUCAAGGACUACCGCUGGUUCGCCGUCUACUGCGAUGAGUAUUCCGUGAACUUCGGCGACGUGUCGCUGCCGCGCGGGGCGGAGUACCCGCGGCCGGCGAAGGUGGGCGCGCUGCGCGGCGUGCACGGCGUGGCGUCCGACGCCGUCGUCGUGGUGGACGCGCAGACGCUGCUCGUGCCCAACUUCUCCUACGACGGCGAGGCGCCCGACGCGAAGUUCUGGGUGGGGCGCGGCGACCGGCCUUCCCCGCAGGGCAUCCGCAUCCCCGACGAGAACGGCAAGGAGGCGCCGCUGCGCAAGUACGACAACAAGACCAUCGUGCUCACGCUGCCCGGGGAGCUGACGGUGUUCGACAUCGGGCACUUCGCGGUGUGGUGCGAGGCGUUCACGGUGAACUUCGGGCACAUCGUGCUGCCGCGCGCCGCGCUGGCCAGCGUGCCGCCCAGCCUCAAGAUGCUCGGCGUGUCGCCGCAGUCGAAGCUGAACUGCGAGGUGCUGUAUGACGAGCUCGCCUUCGAGGUGCGCUGGGCGGUCGCCGGCGACAGCAUCGUGCUGCAGCUCGUCGCUAAGCUUGAGGACGGCGAAUACAUGGCGUUCGGCGUGUCGGGCGACAGUGUGCAUACGCAGAUGGUCGGUGGUGACGCGGCAGUGGCCUGGGUCGACAAGAUGACGCUCAAGGGGUACGCCGACGACUACUACCUCGACGCCAAGAGCCAGUGCGCCGGCGUGCGCGGCUCCUGUCCCGAUGAGAGGCUCGUGGAGAACACGAACUCGAUACGUUUGCUGAAUGCGGCGCUGGUGAACGGCUACUCCAUCGUGACGUACCAGCGCUCGCUGCGAGCUGCUGACGAGCUGGACCGCGCCGUGCUCACCAACGCCAGCCAGCCCAUCAUCUGGGCCAUCGGCCCGCUCAACUCCAGGAACGAGGUCUCCUACCACCCGCACUUCACUAAGGGUGACAAGCUGAUCGAGUUUGGUCGGCCGCCGGUGUGGAACUGCCCCAUGCCCGAGGAAGACGACGCGACGCACGACGCUCCGCAGCAGCAUCCUGACAAACACAAUGCGCAAGUGAUAAAGCCGAACCCAGUGCCGACGCCGAAGCCGGUGGCGAAGGCGGUACCGUGGGAGAUCCCCGCCAUCCAGUGCUACGAGCCCCCCGAUGGCGUGUUCUACGCGCAGAUGGGGCCCACCGGCGGCAAGCAGGGCUACUCCGCCAUCACCGGUCACGUGGGCUGGGGCAUCUCGUGGUACAUCAACGGGCUGCUGAUCCCGGAGAUCAACGUGGUGCGCGGGCGCAAGUACACGUUCGUGGUGGAGGGCGGCGCAGACCCCGACGUGCCCGCGCGGUAUCACCCCUUCUACAUCACCAACGACCCCGUCGGCGGGUACUUCCACAAGACCAAUAAGGAGAAGGAGGGCAUCGAGAUCUACGCGGGCGUGCGGCGCGGGCGCACGGGGGGGCUGUCGCCGACGGGCGUGGGGCGCCUGUGCAACUGGACGCCCGACGGCGCGGGGCCCGAGGCCGACGACUACCCCAGCUUCGGCGCCUACCAGCGCUCGCUCACGCUCGUGUGCGAGGAGGGCAACCCCGGCGUCGUCACCUGGGUGCCCGACGACAACACGCCCGACACUGUCUACUACCAGUGUUUCACGCACCGCCACCUCGGCUGGAAGAUCAAUGUAGUGGACGAGUGCGACGCGCAGGAGGGCGAGGAGAGCCGCGUGGCCGCACAAGUGCUGCCGCCCGACGACCUCCGCGGUGACGAGUCCGUGCAGUAGAAUUAAGAUCGACAGCGGACUCAUAGGAGAAGUGUACCCGGAGCCAGACAAGACGCCGUACAAUAAGAGACAGGAGUAUUCUGAAUUGCCGAUAUCCAAAGUAGAACUGAAGGAAGUGAUCGAAGCCGUGGAGAACUUG